UGCAUAAGUCCUUGGUACACAUACACCAUUUCUGAAUGGCACCCGAGUGUAGGAUACGUAUGCUCGUUUGAUUAUUUCGCUCAACAGUCUAAUCAGCUUCAUCUUUCAUUGUUGGUCCGUUAAGGCAGGAGCGCUUUACUUCUUUGAGAAAAUAUUCAAUCUGAUUUAGACUGCGCCGUCCGUCGUCUGCCCUGCUGAUCGGCACCUCCGCCUCGUCAGCUUACUGUUCCCUCACUCCAGGUAAAUCACUGCGGCCGAUUCAGUUUGCAAGUUUUUUUUUUUAUUCUUUUGCCAAAUCCUCCGGCUACUUCCGGAUCCCAUUUGAGGCAAGAUCUCAUCUCCCUCUCUGUUUUUAUAUAUGCUUCCAAUCAGUUGAAUUUUUUAAUGCUUUGCUAUAUGGAGCUUGGAGGAUUUAAUUCAAAGGAUAUAUGUACUCUAAGUCCAAACACGAUUAAAUUAUUAGGUUUCUGCGGUAGAUUAGGUUCCUCUCCACACACCCUCUAUAAGAUCUUCACAUAGGUAUCUGGAAAUUUUAAUCUGUUUGAUGGAUUACUGGAUUAAGAGGACGUUCUGAAUCGGUCUGAUUAGGAGCCUUUGGUUCCCCAUUUUUUCGCACCUCUUAAUGGAGUGGGGAUCAUCUGGUCAGAUACGAGGGUAAGUCUGAACAACUCUGAAUGUAAUUUUGGUAACAAUGCCCUUUUACCCAAAUACCCUUCCAUCGCAUUCUCUCAUCACAACCAUUACAAGCUCCCGUUUUUUUCUUCUUCUUACGCUUCUCCAGUCCACUACCGUCGCUGCCUUCAACCUCGACGCCUCCCACCGCCGUCCUCCUCCUUGCCUCCGUCGAUCUCCUCCCAUCAGCGACCACAAGCGCCGGCGAUUUUCUUCCUUGAACCUCGACGCCUCCACCAUCGUCUUCCGUUGAACACCACCACGAUAGAUAGCUUUCAUUUACAGGAUCUGCUCUUGUUUCCUUCUCAAAGAACAACCGUUAUACCAAAUCCCACUUUACUUCUUCCAAGAAAUUAGGGUUUAUUUUCCACGUUAUAAAGUUUUCAAAAUAUUUGUUUGGAAGACACAAAAUGCACCCUCCUUUGACGUUACAUAGGCACCCAAUGUGUGCUGAAAUAAUUGAACAGUUUCAGAAGUGCCACCUGGACCACCCUUAUGCAAAAUUCUUUGGUGAGUGCACAGAUCUCAAGAUAAAGCUCGACAAGUGUUUCAGACAGGAAAAAGCUGUGAAGAGGAAGGCAAAUUUUGAAGAGAGUAAGAAACUGAAAGAGAGACUACAAGCUUAUAGGAAAGAAGCUUCUGGAACUGAGAACAUCAUGUAAUAAAAUAAAACCCUAGAUAACUUUUUCAAAAGUGGAGCAUGGAAUGAUACAAAUACAAUUCAUUAAAUAACAAAAUUGAUUUUCAUAUAUUUUUGAGAUGUUGCAAAUCAUAUAUAACUAGAAUUUGUAGCUUGUUUCUAUGGAUUUUGUGAGAAUGUA